GUUAAAGAGUGUCAUAUGCAAGCAGCUUUUGAAAAGCCUCAAUGAUAUUGCUGAAGUUACUAGCAAGGACACAAAAAGCGUAUCUUACUUGAGUGAAGAACUGCUUGUACCUCGAACUCCAUUUUUUGUGAGGAAGCACCGCCUGUGGUGGUAUCAGCGGUGAGUUAGCUGUGGGUGGGCUGUCGGUGCAUGAGGGCGGCAUGUCAGCCAGGACGCGGCUAGCCCACUGGAACGAGGAAGAGAAAGUCAAGGCCGUGCGACAGUGAUGCUGAAAAUGCGAGAUUCCUGUGACGGCAAGUGUUUGAACUACAAAUGCGGUACGCCUAAUCGAAGCGGGCGCGUGGUAGGAGGAAUGAAACUGCUCCCAACGAAUACCCGUGGAUGGUCGCCUUCUACUACAGCGGCAAGUUAUACUGUAGCGGAAGCCUCGUCAAUGAUCGCUACAUCAUUACUGCCGCUCACUGUAUCCGCCGCGUCGCGAAGCACAAGAUAUCGCUGGUCCUGGGAAGUCACAACAAGACAACACACGACGAGGAGGGUCGCCAGGUGAGGAAGGUGGCCACGGUGUGGCACCAUCCUUCCUUCCAGAGAAACACCUACAACAAUGACCUCGGCAUCGUCAAAUUGGACGUCCCAGCUGAAAUCACCAAAUUCGUCAGACCCAUUUGUCUCCCAAGUGACAGAGACGCAACCUACGAAGGCUUGUCUGGCAUCGUGGCAGGAUGGGGACGCAUGAAGGAGUACGGCAACUCCAGCGACGUAUUGCGUUACGUUAAGGUUCCGAUCAUGACCAACGCAGAAUGCAAGACCAAGAACUACUCGCCAAGAGAAAUUACUGAAAACAUGAUGUGCGCUGGAUACGACGCUGGCAAGAUUGACGCCUGCCAGGGUGACAGCGGCGGCCCUCUCAUGUACAAGAAUGGAUCUCGAAUUGAAAUCAUCGGCGUGGUAUCCUGGGGCGAGGGAUGUGCGCGCGCUCGCUACCCUGGAGUCUACACUCGCCUCUCCAAGUACUGGACGGAGAUCGAUAGAGAACUCAACAAAGAGAAGAGUUGCUCCUGCCCCGAGCCUUAACUGGACACACUGCUCGACAUUUCCAUGCAUGCGAUCUCUCAAGUCCUUUCAUUAAUUUAUUCUGAAAUUCAAUGAAUAGUGGGUAGAGCUUUCGUAACUUAUUUACUAUACGCACUUUCUUGUAACUAAAUAAUUUAUUUGUCCAAAGCUGGCGAUAAUCUAUUCUUCAUCCAUAAACUAUCUUUACUAAAACAAAAGCAUUCGCAAAAUUUUGGACUCUGCAACGUUGGCCUUUCAUUUCCCUCUCACUUGGGAAUAUGAAACACGUGGCUACGUUGCAACGUCAUUAUUGAUUUCAAAACUUUAAUCUGUUUUAAUCAUAUCUAGGCAAAAUUGAAUACUGAAAGCAGCAAAACGUCAUUGAUUUUAACACCAAAUCUAUGUUGCCAUUAAUCAUGUGAGUGAGCUGACGCUAAUAAUAAUAACACUGCACCAACUCAACUUUCUACUAAUACAUAUUGCACAUAUAACACAUUAUUGCCAGCACUCGGUUCUCAACACUAAUCCUCAAAUAUUCCACUCUUCGGUACCCUUACGCUAUUCGUCCCUUUCCCUCCCACCGCCCUCAAACAUUGUUUCAUCAAGCUCUGUCACUCUUAAAUCCACCACCACCUAAUUGUCAACACUCAGUUAUAACUUCACAGGCCUCACGUCACCAUCCUCUAAAUCUAAAACAAUCUAACCACUCUUCAUCUCUAACCCACAAGCUCUCCAGUCUUUACUCUCUCUCUUUAUCACAUACUCUUUCCCGACACAUCAUCAACAUUCUCCUACAUCUAUUGUCCUCAGUACUUCAACUCUCCCAGCAUCACCACAAUAUACCUGCACAUAGUCCUGACCACUAACUAUACUGUACACUUGUUAUGCCCUCUCCAGCUCUCGUUUCUCUGUCACAGCUUGUCUUAAGCCUCGGCACUAUAUCACCAUCCCAUUAAAUUUUUCAAGCUAUGAUUCCCUCCAAAAAUAAGUUUCCAAACGGCCAGUACUCUAUGAAAAACUUUUAAGGUUCUACCGACACCCAAACCACCGAACCCUGGGAAUGAAGCCCGUCACGUCACCUUCCCCUGAUAUAAUUUAUUCUGCCUUUCACAGUCCACACGCUCCGACGUAUUUUCAUGAGCGCACACACACACACACACACACACACACACACACCAGGUACCAUGGAAAAAUACAAUGAGUGUUUCGUAUGUGUUUUAAAUUAUGAGUCAAUCUCACGUGAAACAUCGCUUGUCUAGUCCUGUUCCAGUAAAUAUAUGCAAAACUA